AUGGCAGAUGCAGACAGUCGGCAUGAAGUGGAGGUCGUGCAACCUGGAGAUGGAAGUAGGGUUGCGAAGGUGUCUUCGAAGGGGAAGGAUCCAAAGCACCACGAUUGGCUCCAAGACCAUGAAAAUCGACUCGAGGAGUUGGAACAGUCCGACCUCGAGGAGCGCAUGACGGCAGAAUGGUCGAAGCUGACGGGCCAAGGUUCUAAGGCAACGCGAGUUGGAACUUAUGAUGGUGAGCGCGACGACAAGGCACUCGAUAACUUCUUUUGGGAUGUCGAGGAGUACCUGUCGUGCGUUCCGAAGACGUCUGAUGAAGCACAGGUCAAGGAUAUUGCAACAUACGUAACCGGAAGUGCGAAGCUAUGGUGGUGGAUGCAUCAGGCGGAUGAGCGCGCUGGAAAGACGGUCAAAUCGAUCAAGUCAUGGGCAGACUUGAAGGCGGCGCUUCACGAUCAGUUUCGACCUGGGAAAUCGGAUUGGAUCAUCCGAUCUAGGUUUGACGAACUCAAGCAUACUGGAACCAUACGGGAGUAUGUGAAGGCAUUCCAGGUAUUGGACUUAGAAUGCACGAAGUUGAGCGACUUCGAGAAGUUGUUUCUUUUCACCAAAGGUCUGCAACCUUGGGCGAAGGAUGAGCUGAGGCGACAGAAAGUUCAGACUUUGGCCAAAGUGAUCACCAUUGCAGAUGGGCUACUCGAUUAUAAGGGCGAUGCAGCUAAGGGCUUUGGUGGAGCCCGAGGGGACUACAAAAAGAUCUUCCGCCGAAAGGAUAGGAAGGGAGGUGGAGCCCCUUCUGAGCAGAACAGCGAGCACAAAAACAAGAAGGCUAGGAAGCCGAACAGAGAAGGCAACUCGAAGAAGAAAGAUCACGCCCAGCCCGAGAAGAAGAAGGAAUGGGAUCCGGGUUGCUUCAUCUGUGGAAAAGAUGAUCAUUGGGCACGGAGCUGUCCAGAUCAAAGUAGGAUCAAUGCUUUGCUGUUUGAGGAGAAGAAGUUGCCCGCAAUGAGCACUUUGCAACUCGUCAACGUAGUGAAGCAUCCUACCGAAGUGGCCGAUAAACAUGAGCUGUGUUUUGUGGAGACUUUCCUUGGUGGAAAGAAGGUGUUGGAUAUGGUGGACUCAGGUGCAACACACAACUACAUCUCUGCAAGCUGA